CUGUUGUUAUUAUAUUUGCCACCAAAAUGUAACAUCAAUGAUUUACGCUUCCAACCUUUUCAUGUGCUGCAGAACUCAUGUACAUACUGUAAGGUUAUUCAGGUUAACAACAAAAUGGCUGCCGCCUGUGUUGCCAUGCUGCAAACUAGGCCUGCUUACGAUCUCAUUCUAAUUAUGUACAUGAUUGAAAGUGAUCCCAAACAUGUUACAUUUUUUUUGUUGGGCUGGAAAUCUGCUAUAGCUUACUUAUUUCGAUUAUUAAAAUGUGAUUGGAAAGUGCAGAUCGACCACUAGUACAGCUGACACCAAGUAUCUACGAAUGUUGAUGAGGAAGAAACAGACAGGAGAACAUGAAGAAAUGGACAUGGCUUCUUUGAAUUCUGGAUCCACACAUACUCAGGAGUCUGAGGAAGCUGAUAACCAACAACCUGAACCACAGGCUCCUCCUAAGAAGAAAGUUUGCAGAGGAAAGCAGUCCAAUAAAGAAAAUGAAUCUGAAAAGGAAAAGAAGAAAGAGGCACUUCAAAGACAGAAAGAAGUCAAAGAGAAAAAGAAAGCUGAGACAGAGAAAAAGAAAGCUGAGACAGAGAAAAAGAAAGCUGAAGAAAUCAGAAGAAAUUCAUCCUUUCUACAAUCACUUGAGGCAUUUAAGAAUACUACGACUCCUGAGCCAGCUAUUGAAACCAGAUGUCAACCUGUGUCGUUAUACACAAAUUUAAACACAGAGCCACCUACAUUUAUGGAGUCAAACAGACCAAGAGCAGUUCUGCAGCCAAGUGUGAUACAACCAGUAGAAUCACAGCUUUCUUCACCACACUAUAUGGAUCUUGUUCAGAUGCCACAGCUGCAUUUUACCCCCAGGCCACCAAGAAGAAUAUCUAAUGAAGACCAACACAGUUCUAGAUAUUCCUCACCACAAUGGGAAUCAACUCCAGUCAGCAGAAUGCUGAAUGAUGCCAGAGAGACACUACACACAUCUUAUGAUCAGGAAGGAGGUUCAGACCAGUGCUUCACUGCCAGCUGUGCAUUGAUGCGCGAAGAAUUAAGAACAGCACAUGAUAACUUGAAGGUGCUGCAGAGCGACAACAGACGGUUGGAAGAAAUGCUGUGGUCGGCUAGAGAGGAGAUAGAAACACUGAAAAAUGGGACCAGUGCCAACAGAGAUGAACAGUCAACAUGCCACCUACAAGCUGAUGGAAGGCCAAGAGCUGGGCGGGUGCCAUCAGCAUCGGCUAAUGCUCACCAUAUGGUUGAGCUAUUACCUGGAACUGGGGUUUAUGUGUAUCCAAAACACAUAACCACAGCAAAAAGAAAGCAGAAGGGAACACAGGUUGCCAGAUAUCUGAUGUCAGUGUUUUACACCAACACUGAACUCGUUGACUGUGGAAAUGUGACAGGAUGCCAUGGAAAGAAAGGCAUGGACAAGACCAUUGUCAAUACCAUUGAAGAGUAUGCUGUGUCCAUUCAUGGGCGAAAUCUCCUAUCAGAAGUAAAAUUUUCCAUGAGGACCAAAAUUAGUGCCCUAGUUAGCCUUGCAAGAAAAUGAAAAGAAAAUGAACGAAGUGAAAAGACAUUUAUGUGAUGUUAUUAGAAUAUAAGUGAAGUUGAAGGACAUUUCCAUUUUUCUACAUAAAAUGUGUAUGUGAUUUAGUAUUCAUUUUUUGUGUGUUCAUGAAUUAUUAGAGUAAGUUCCUUGUAGAAAAUAAUAGUGGGUAUGGGAGUGAUAGUAUGCAUUGGUUGUAGUGAGUAUAAGAAAGUGAAAAAGGUUUUAUUGUGCAUUUAUUAUAUUGCUGUGUAUACAUCACAAUAAUGGUAACUACUAAAAGAUAUAUUUAUUAUAUUGCUGUGUAUAUAUCACAAUAAUGGUAACUACUAAAAGAUA